GAAGGUUUUUGUUUUAAGUGCAUUUGUCCAGAGUCGUCGCAGACAAGAUGUUGCUGCUCUUCAUACAGUUGUGAACUGUUGUAAUUUGCAUGUUAUCAUAGUAGCCCUGAUUCACUUACAUAAAGGUGAUAACAUGCACUACAAGGUUGCUUUAAAGAGUGCAUUCUGUGAGAUGAAAUGGACUUGUAGGAUUCAAGGACAUUUAUUGCACUUGUUACAGUUGAUAAGGAUUGAAACAGAGACUGACAUUGAAGACAUGCUUGUAUGUGUUAUUGUGGUUUUGAAUAGAGACGCAAUCUGGAUGAAGAACUGAGUGCUCCGUGUCCUCAUUGCUGCUGAAAUUUAUCUGUAUUUUCCAGAUGGCAAAAGCCCCCAUAAAGGCUUUCCCAGCCAUCCCUGACAUGAACUUCAGCACAUCUAAGAAGGAAAUGGCGAAGGAGAGGAGAGAUCUGGUGCUCGACAUCCUGGAGGCCUCUGUCUUUGAUGAUCAGGAUUGCUGUGCUAUGUGUGACACCUUCAAGCCACCAGGACAGGGAACUGCCAUUGUACAGUGGAUCCAAUGUGAUAACUGCGACCGGUGGUUCCAUGGCUCAUGUCUCUCCAUGGACAUAGAGGAUGCCAAGGACAAAACUUGGAAAUGUCCCUUAUGCCAAUAAAAACAAGGGGCAUAUGAUACAAUAAAAUAAUUGUA